CCGUGGAAGAGCUACUUAAUUCAGUAUUAAUGAAACGAGUGAGGUAAGAGAAACAAACUCGAUCAUGUUAGUCAGUCUUAUAUUGGUAUUUACGAUAGUGAUACUCUUCUGGGUAUAUACCAGUUACAAGUUAAACUAUUGGAAAAGACGUGGUGUCGAGUUCCUUCCUCCUCAUCGUAUCUUCGGCAACUUCAAAGAUGCCGUGCUCUUUCGUUCCGCGCCGGGAUGGCACAUCGGCGAUCUGCACAAGAUGGCCCGCUCGGACGCGCCCUUCGUCGGCUUUUACAUUUUCCACAAGCCGUGCUUGUUGUUGCGCGACCCGGAGAUCAUCAAAUACUUCAUGAUCCGCGACUUUGACAAUUUUUCUGAUCGCCAUUUCGCCGGCUCGACUCAAAAGGACAGUAUUGGUAUGAAGAACCUGUUCGGUCUCAAGAAUCCGGCCUGGAAAUACUUGCGGACUAAAAUCACACCUACCUUGACCAGGGGCAAGUUGAAGCAAAUGUUGCCAUUGAUGCUAGAUACCGCGAAUCCCAUGAUGGAAUACAUAAAGGAACAACCGAUAAAUAGCGACAACGUGAGAGUGAUAGAUGCUCAAGAUCUCAAUUAUAAGUUCACGACUGAUUUGAUCGCUUCAGUCGCGCUCGGCACGAAAAUAGACUCUUUUCACUAUCCAAAUUAUGAGUUUUCAGCUGCAGUCCAAGAAUUCUUUUAUGGAUUCAAGAGGAUGGUUGCCCUCGUGACAGUGUUCUUCAUGCCUGAAUUGGUAGAAGUGAUCGGUACGAGAAUGCUUUUCAAUUCUUCCUUUGUAGGAAAAAUCUUCUGGAAUGCGAUGGAAAAUCGCGAAAAGACCGGCGAAAAACGAGGUGAUUUCAUUGAUUCACUGCUUCAAUUAAAGAACAGUGAGCAGGAUCCCGUUUACAAAUUUCAGAUUCCCAAUACCGAUAUUACUAUAGAGAAAGGCACGCCAAUAUACAUCUCUUUAUAUGGACUUGGAGUGGACCCAAGAUUCUGGGACGAACCAGAAGUAUUCAAUCCCGACAGAUUCGCCGAGAACAAAAAUAUUCCCGAUGCCUACAUGCCGUUCGGAUCUGGACCUAGAAUGUGCGUAGGAAUGAAAGUGGGUCAACUACACGCUAAAGUCGUCUUAGCUUUACUACUGAAGGAUUAUGAAGUUUGGCAAACCAAAGAACACACAAGCUUUUUAGACCCACGGUCAACUUUUACAGCUUCGGGGAAUGGAAUUAAUCUGCACUUCAGGAAGAUAUGAUGACAUAAAAUAUAAAAUUUUACUAGAUCGAAGUUAUAACUGACAAAGUUAUAUCUGAUAAAAAUUAAAAUAAUAAUUUCGAUUUCGAAAUUUGAUUAUCGAUUAAUAGGAAGGGUAAAUUAGAUUAGCUUUGAGUAGGCUAGCGUAGCUAAGUAGGCGUUGCAAGAUCGUUGAAUUAACGUUGAAUUAGACGAGACACGUAGUUUGUCGAUAAGCAUUGUCUUGAAAUU